AUCACAGACGUUGAGUGGAGAACAUGAGCUGCUUCCUGCACCCAAAGGGUUGUGCAGUUGCUUUUUAGGCGUGUUACUCAGAAGCACAGAGUACAGCAGAGACGAAACCCAAACGUACCUUUGCACAGUUACAGAGAUUGAGCUUUCUGCGAAAGGUUAUUCGCGUUCAUCUGGUCCAAACAAGAGGCCAUUACAGGACGAGUUCAGGCAGGAAACGCACUCGGGAACAGAAUUAUCUCGCUAGUAGAGAGGCACGGAAAUGUUUAGUAAAUCUCUGGGAAGAGCUGGACUGCUCGUGUAUAAGCAAGAUUUUCUCACUGGACUGAAAUGUGUCACAGCAGCGUGUGUGAAUGUGGGAGUGAAUGUGAGACACAACAACUCCACUGUCCUGGGCACCAAACUGAGCAGGAUGGAAGACUUGGGCGGCCCCAGCUUUCUAACAUCCCUCUACUGGCUCUUUGGUAAAGGAUACUUUCAGAUUGCACACCAAAUGCAGAUUGAGCACAGCAAAAUCUAUGGUCCUCUGUGGAAGUCCAAAUAUGGGCCAUUAGUGGUCGUAAAUGUGGCAAGAGCAGACCUUAUAGAGCAAGUCCUGAGACAAGAGGGUCGUCAUCCCAUUCGAACUGACAUGCGCCACUGGAGACGAUACCGGGAGCUCCAGAACAAGGCCUAUGGUCCUUUAACAGAAUUAGGAGCAGAAUGGCAACGCAUCAGAAGCAUCUUGAACCCUCGCAUGUUGAAGCCCAAACAUGUGUGUGGUUAUACUAACGCUAUCAAUGUGGUGGUAAAAGACUUCAUAGAGAAGGUGUCUUGGCUAAGGGCAGCAAAAGGCAAUGGUGAAUUGGUGCCUGACAUUGCUGGAGAACUCUACAAGUUUGCAUUUGAAGGUAUAUGCUCUGUGGUAUUUGAAACCCGACUUGGUUGUCUGGAUGAAGUGAUCCCUGAGGAAACUGAGAAGUUCAUCUUUUCUGUGGGAGAAAUGUUCCGCCUUUCCCAAAUCGUUGUCCUAUUUCCGAAGUCUGUGUGGCCCUACUUACCUUUUUGGAAGCGCUUUGUAGCCGUAUGGGAUUAUCUGUUCCAAGUUGCUGAAGAUUUAGUUCAGAAGAAAAUGGUAGAGAUUCAGGAAAAGGUGAAGCAGGGAUUGCCUGUAGAUGGUGAGUACCUCACUCACCUGCUGGUCAGCGAGCAGAUGACCCCAUCUGAGGUGCUGGGAAGCGUCACUGAACUGCUACUGGCUGGAGUCGACACUACAUCCAACACUAUUUCCUGGGCUCUCUACCAUUUGGCCCAAGAUCCAGUGGCCCAGCAGAAGCUCUAUGAUGAAGUAAUCAGUGUUUGCCCAGGUGACAAGAUGACUUCCAGUGAAGACAUUGUUAGAAUGCCUUGGCUGAAAGCUGUUGUUAGAGAGACACUUCGGUUAUAUCCUGUGGUGCCAGGGAAUGCUCGAAUCAUUACUGAAAAUGAAAUAGUGGUGGGCGGUUACCUCUUCCCUAAAAAUACUCUGUUCCACUUGUGCCACUAUGCUGUGUCCUACGAUGAGAACAUAUUCCCAGAGCCCCACACAUUUUCACCAAAGCGCUGGCUGCGUGAAGAGAAGCAAUUAAGCCAUCACCCAUUUGGCUCUGUGCCCUUUGGAUUUGGUGUCCGUGCAUGCUUGGGAAGAAGAGUAGCUGAACUGGAAAUGCAUCUAAUUCUGUCUCAGUUAAUUAAACACUAUGAAGUGCGACCAGAUCCCACAGGCAAGACUGUGAAACCUAUAACAAGAACUCUGCUGGUUCCGGCCACACAGAUGGACCUUCGAUUUAUCGACAGGCAGAAAGCAAAAUGAAUCUACAAAAAAUAUUAACAAUCUAAUGUGUUUAAAAGCUGCUACACUGCUGUGUUUACCUUAUUGUGGCUUAUAAUGCCCGGCUUUUUCUGAGCAUCAAAUGCAGAAACAAGAAAUUAAUUUUUAAGUCAUAGACCAAAGAGAGUAGAACUGUACACUGCCUGUGUGUAAUGACAUGAAAGCACUUCAAACUGCUUUGGUAAUGUUAUAAAUGUUAUUAUUUAAACAGCAUAUGCAUUUAACUGGAGUUACUCUAAUAUAACAGUUGGUAGAACUAGUUCCAAAUCUUUUUUUUUUUUUUUAAUAACUGUGGGUUAAAUACAACUUCUCUCUAAUUUCAACCUUAUUGGAUACAUUGGUGCCACCAUAACAUAUAAUACAAAAUACAUGUGGAAACACUAAAAGCAGGCAUUCGCCCUUCUUUUUUCUAUAAACUGCUCAUUAUAGUAAAAUGCUUGAUGUUUUAAACAAAAGCUUUUUAUUUGAAUUGUCUAUGCACUUCGAGAUAUGUUGUAAGUUGUAUAAAACUCAAUUUUUAUUAGGAUCAAUAAUCAGUGUUCGUAUAACCUUUCGUAUAAAAUAUGCUAUGACAUAUUCUAUAUUAUUUGAUAUAUGAUACAUAUUAAUUCGCACAUUGAUCAUGAUAGGCAGAUUUAACAGUUUUGUAUAAGCAACACCAUGGAACAUUUGGGGUCUGGUGGCUGCAACAAAAAACAACAAGCACUGGUUGUUCUGAAUCUGUAGAUUUGAUUUUGAUUAAUAAUAAUGUAACAGAUUCAAAUAUUUUUGUAUGAUUUUUGUGAUUGUAUACUUGGUUUGACAGGUAGCUUUAAGAGUGGAGAUAAAAGUGUUUUUUGUUGAUUACAAUUUUGUUCAGUUUGUCCAGCUAGCUAAGCUAAUUUAUGCCUAGUGAUUAAGCAAUGUUUGUGUCUUGAACAGAUGUAAACAAGUAAUGUGGAUAAGGUCCUAAACUGAUAACAACAAUUGUACGAAUGGUUAAUAGCAAUGAAUAAACUAAUGUAUUAAACUACAA